GCCCUGCGCGUCAGCCUUCAAAAACGCGUACCGCUGUCAAACAAAGCGAGUUGCGGUCGCUUUGACUUCUGCGCAGAACUGCUCUUGGACGCUUUACGAUUUUACCGACUACGAGAUCCCCCAAGCAACCCGGAAGAACCAACCCAGAAGUCACAGAGACAUAGCAACGUCGGUAUUCACGGUCUGUACUGGUAUUGCAAAGGACAAGCAACUACGUUUUGGAGCAAAUGUCAAUACACAGCAAAUCACGCGGUUCUCUGGACACGCUCAACUCAACCACGAACGGCACCGCCGGGCGGAAUGCUGGCGCAGAGCUAGCCCAGCAUGUCGGGAACGGAGGUGGAGGAGGCGCGGGAAGCUAUGCCGGGAGUGGCAUGAGCGCCAAACAGCGAGCAUCCAAACGGGCUCUUAAAACGUUCAAUUAUGCAAACUCGGCUUUGGCCAGCACACCAACGUUGGUGCUGGUGUCCUUGAACAAUACAUUUACACAAAAGACAGUGGAUCUGUUCGAGCCGGUAAAGAUCGGGAGGAAGAUCAGUCCAAAAGUCAGCCCAGAACCAACGAACGGGAUAUUUGACUCCAAAGUCCUGAGUCGGAAUCACGCGGAAAUAUGGUUCGAGGAUGGGAAGGUGUGGAUCAAAGACGUAAAAUCGAGCAACGGAACCUUCGUCGACGGAAAACGGCUCAGCGAAGAAGGGAAGGAGAGUGAGCCUGUGGAACUAGUAGAGGGUGCCCGCCUUGAAUUUGGCAUAGAUAUAAAUAACGAAGAUGGGUCGGCCAUCUAUCAAAAAGUGUCCUGCAAGGUAUCAUACUUGGAUCCAUCAGGCAUGCAACAAUCGACAUCACCGUCACUCGGUGUGUCCGAGCCCUCCAAAUCAAACGCUGGAUCACACACUUCCCGGGGACCGACUAGGCCAAGCUUGAGCGAGAUGAUGGAUCGAGAAUUAAAAACGGCGGAUGCGACACACGCACAACUGCAAACGCUGAAAUCAUCUCUAGACAGCUUGGUGGCCAACGUGCACGGAGGAAGCACGGUGACGCUCUCCGCAGACGCGUCUGCCGCCUCCGCGGAUCUCUCUCGCCAGUUAGAGGACGCCAGAGCCGAGAUUCAGUCUUGGAUGGAGAAGCAUGACGCUUUGAAGCAGCGUGGAGAGCAAAAUGAGUCGUUGCAGAAGCGGGAAAAGGAUCUCCUGGAACAGGUGGAACGGCUGACGAAUGAGAACAGUGAAGCCGUUAAAGGGCAUCAGGAGGAAGCUGCCGGGUGGAAAACUAGGCUGGAAGAACUUAUGGCUGAAGUCACCCAGCUGACAAAGAAGAACGAGGAGCAACAGAAAAUCGCAACAGCGUCUUCCAGCUCAUCAACAAAACUGACAGCCGUCCAAAAGGAGCUCGAAGACGUCCGAACAAAUUACGAAUCCCUUACAAGAGAGAAGCAGAAGCUCACCACCGACAUGACAUCCCUACGAGCGACCCUGGAGAAAUCCGAAUCACAGCUCAAACAACAAAAGGAGCAAUUCGAUAAACUCUUUAAAGAGGCCGAGCAGUUGCGAAAGGAGACUGAGCAAUUACGGCAGGAGAAGGAACGGCUCUUGGAGGAGAAGGAGCAUUCGGCGAAUACGAGUCCUGCCAAUGAGACCGAGUCCAUAGCGACUGCGGCGUCGGCUGUACCGUCGUCAGUCAUGUCGCCGCCGUCGGGUGCUUCAACGCCGAAACGGGAUCGGGCGGCGAGGAGGAGGGCUAAGAAGCUGGGGCAGCAGUCGAUGGAGAACCUGAACGAUGCGCGGCAGCAGUCUGUGGUAGACGCAAAGGUGGGCGAGAAACCAUUACCGCCUACUCCGCCAGGAAAGAAGUCGACGUCGUAUCAGGUUGGUGUCAGGGUUACUGGUCCUUUGUGCGGUGGUUGGCUUUGACACGACACCUCGCUCAUCCCCCUUCUCUCGAAUAGUUUCUCGCACUGGUUGCCUUCGGCAUCAUCUCCGUGGGCGGUCUGGCCUACUUUGGCUACGGACAUGGCGGGUUAUUCAACCCAGAUGGACCCUUGUUGCGAGCGCUCCGAUAGAACUCCCAAGCCUCUCUGAGAGACGAACAAACCUAGGAUGCAUCGUGGAAAGCCUGUGAUUUUAUAUACCCUUCCUUUGGGGCCCCAUCUCCCUCAGCCUUCCGCCUCCGGAAGUGUGUCCCCUGGAGUCACACCUGAGGCGGGGUUCGGAGGCAGGAACACCGGAUCCGCCGCGAGGAGGGGUCACUUUGCAGUGGAAGAUUUUUGUGCAGUGUAUUGUUGGUUGUACAACAUUUUUGAAUGUCAAAGCGGAAUGUUCUGGAUGU